AAAUAAUGUUUUGCAAAUCUUCAUUCACCAUUUUUAGUUUUCAUGAUUAAGUGCCAUGUUGUAUCAAAAUUUCUGAAUUUGUUCAACGCCAUAAUUAAUUGGUUUUGGCUAAAGAGCCAUGACCCACACAUUUUAUGUUAAAUCUCAUUAAUAUGACACUAUGUAUAAAUUAAGGGAUCUAAUGUGAAAAAGAGAAAAUUAAAGACGCUUCACGGGUUCAAAGCAUUUGAUAAUAACAAUAUUAGUAAAUCUAAUUUUUAAAAAGUGCGCCUAGCUUGAAAGUCGACUGAAAGUAUGACUUACGCCAUUACAUAAUUCUAAGCUUACCCUUUGUUUAUAUCGAGGAAUGUAAGAGUAAGCACACAGUCCCUUUAAGAGUAAACGGCUUAUUGAUUGUGAUAUAAGUCGGUACGGGCCGGGUGUCUGAGCGUAAAACCAAGAAACACUUACAAAAGUUCAAACAUUUAAAACCUCGAAAUAAUCGGGUAUGCAUACAGUUCCACACAAGGCAGCAGUCCUAAUUAAAGCAUACAUAACAACACACCCAAACCUCGUAACUUCUAAACUGUAUGUUCAACUGUACAUGUCUAAAAGAUGGAGUGGGUAAGGAUAAUCGUACUGUUGCUAGCAAUGUUAGUAAACAUAACUGAAUCCAAACUUGAGUGUAGGAUAGAGAAGGAUGGUGAUCCUGCAGCCUAUAGAAUCAACCAGGAAACUGUAAGUGAAACAAGAAAAUCAGCCGACGCUAAAUAUCAGAUAUUUAUUUGUAAAUGUCCUGAUUCGCAGAGACUUGACAGUCCUGAGGUGUAUGGAGACACAUCAAAAUCCUUCUUUGACAGCUAUCAUUAUAAACAGAAUGAGUUAGAUUGGUCAGUAUCAAACCUUCUCAUCAUAAUGAACUGUAAAUCACUGAAGCUUUGCUUAGGCUCUCCUAUACCUGAGGCAAUUCAUAACUUUCUCCAAGUUCAAAGAGCUGGAAUCUUGGUACAAAAUAUAACUGCUCUGACGAUAGAUUGUCUAGAUAUAGGACAACCUACUACUGGAGCUAGCAGGACUGACAAGAUCACCAGUUUAUACAUUCGAGAUUCUACCAUAGUUGAGAGCAAAUACGAUAUUGUUAUGGAGGACAAAACUGAGGUCGUAUUUGAAAAUGUGGUUUUUAAGAAACCAGUUUUCUUUGAUGUUUAUAACUCAAACAAAAGCACAGCUAAUCCGGUCUUCAGACUUCUUAGAUCAAAACUCUUCUUUGAUGAAACAGCAAGCUCGGGGACAAUCAACAAACUUAUUGUUGAGAAUGAUCAUAAGAAGGAUAAAGGAUGUAGUGCAGAGUACUCUGGCAUGAUUGAGAUACUUGGAAAUGAUCUUGGAUACAUUAAUACAGAAGAUAUUCAGUUCAAGGGAGGACAGAAACUAGUGUUUGAGAAUAAUAUUAUCCCAUUGAUACUGAACCAUGGAAUUAAGGUUAUAAAUCAACGCGAAGUUUCCAUGAGAAAAAAUCAUUUUGGAAUAACUCUCGCCGCAGUACCAGUUCAUUUAUACUACAGACAACAAAACUCAAGAUGUGGAGUAAAAGAUCUUCUAUACGAGGAGAUUAAGAUGAUCAACAUGGGAGAGAACAUGGUUAGCAGGAGGGUUAACCUUUUCCUACUUGAAGAGGAGUAUACACAGAAUAUUCAAGAAAAGAUGGAGGUAUCCAGUACAUAUUAUUUUACCAUGUGUGAGUGUGGAGAUGUUGGUAAGUUUGACAAUACUAGCUCUGGAAUCAUCAAUCAAAAGCUUUACUACCAGUCCUACUGUUUAAACGGAACCCAGCUGAGACGAAGAGAUGAUGCUUGUGAUCCUGAUUGUAUUUCCUGUAUGUUUACAAGGAAAGCUGGAGACCUGACAGGAUCAGCAGUGAUCGCUGCUGCUGUGAUAUCAGCAGUAGUUACAGGUGUACUCACUGCUGUUCUUGUUGGAAUAUGCUGCAGAUUUUGCACGUUUUGUGCUCCUUCAGGAGAUGAGGUUGAUGAUGAGGCUGAAGGUUGGAGAGAACAACAACAACAAGAUAGUGUAGAACAAAAUGGAUUCAAAACAAGAGAAAACAGUAUCACUCUUGUAGAAUAAUUAUUAAAAAUAAGAGAUUAGGGCGCUGCCCAGUACACGACCUUCUCCAAGAUUUUGAUGUGUCCAGUGUCAUGUUCUAAAAUUAUAGUUAUUUUUUUUCAAUUUUCUGAGAAGGAAUCGUACAAUGUCUUAAUUGUAUAACUGUGUCACUAAUUUGUACAUAAAGAGAUUAUUAACACUGUA